AAAUUAUUAAAUAAAAUGCGUCCAGUUGAAUUGAUGUUCAAAUUCAUGGGGUAUUCAGAAAAUGAUUCAAUCCAGAAUGAAGUUUGUUUAAGUUUGUUAUAAACUUUAUUUGGUAUGAUAAAAAGUGGUGAAGCAGCAAAGUAUUUAAUGAAUAGAAUUAAUGGUAAUUAGAAUAAUCUAUAAAUAGAUGAUAGUUUAGAUUCCUCUUAGAGAGUGGGAUAUGUAUGCAAUAAAAUAAAUUCUAUAAUGCCUUUGGUUGCUGAUUACAUUGAGGCUUUUUGGGUUAAAAUAUUAUCGUGCAACCAAAUGGAAUCAAAAUAAAUGAAACCAAUAAUAAAGUAGAGUUCUAAAAUUAUUGAUGAUGAAAUAUACACGAUACUUUGUACUUAAAACCAUUUUUGCACAGAAAUGACUUAAUUAUACAAUAAUUAAAACAGUGGUACCAGUUUUAACAGAUUAGCAUGGAAUAUUUUAGGAUAUGGAGGUCCAACUCUGAUACUAAUAUAUAUAGACAAGAAAUGUAAAUAUUGAUUAUUUUUGGUAGAAUGCAAUAUUCCAAUAAUAUUUGGGGCAUACAAUCCGAAUGCUUGGACUGAUGGAUUAAAAUUCUAAGGAGAUUCUGGAUGUUAUCUAUUUUCAAUAAGUCCAAGCUUCAGGAUUUUUGGUACAACUGGUAAUGGAUAGAAUUAUGCUUAUUUAAAUACAAAAAAUAUUGAUAGAUCUAAGUAUAAAGUGGGACUAGGUUUUGGAGGGAAUUCAGAGCAUACUUCAUUUAGAUUAUGGAUAGAUGAUGAGAUUGAAAAUAGAUCAAAAGUUGCAUCAGAAGAUGACACCUAUUAGCCUGGCUAUAUUGCAGGAGAAAUUGAAGGAUAAAUAGGAAUCUUAUUUAUCGAAGUUUGGGGAUUAGGAGGAAAAUAAGCUUUGAUCUAGUAGGAUAAUUAUAGAUAAGAGAGAAUGGAAGAGUAAUUAUGUGGUUGUAAAUUGGUAGAUUAGAGAGGAUGAGAAAAGUAGAUAAGAAAUAAUUCUUUAGUGGAUUUGAUUAAGCUAUGUUUCUAGAGAAAACAUUUGCUCAUAGAGAUCAUGUUCAAGAAGAAAUAGAAAAAGAUUGAU